AAUUUGCUUCAUUUGAUGCUAUUCACAAUGAUCGACGUUCGGAAGUUCAUAACACAUUGCAUGAAGAUUUUCUCCGUCAUUUUGUUCUUGCUACAGCUGAGUUUCACUUGUUUCUCACUCAACGAUGAAGGUUUGGUAUUACUAAGGUUUAGAGAGAGUUUGGAUAGUGAUCCAUUUGAAUCUUUGGCUGAUUGGAGAGAUGAUAUUGGAGUAUUAAGUCCUUGCGCAUGGUUUGGCGUUGAGUGUUUAGAUGGAAGUGUUGUAGCUUUGAACUUGAAAAAUCUUUGUUUAGUUGGAACACUUGCACCUGAACUUGGAAAAUUGAUUCACAUGAACUCAAUAAUUCUAAGGAACAACUUUUUCUAUGGGAUUAUUCCUGAAGAGAUAGGAGGGAUGAAGGAGUUGGAGGUGUUGGAUCUUGGACACAAUAACUUCAGUGGACCACUUCCUUAUAACAUUGGCAAUAAUCUUUCUUUGGCAAUCAUUUUGUUGGACAACAAUGUGUUAUUUGGUAGCAUGUUACCUGAAUUUCAAGACCUUAAGAUGCACUCUGAAGUGAAAGAUGAAGAGCACGAGCUCUUGACAGAUAGAAAGGAACUGUCUUGCAGCCAACAAUCAGACCUCUGGAAUGUUGCCGAAACUAGAAGUAUAUCUCACCGAGUAUUGCUUCAAAUAAAUAACCCCAACAUUCCUGUUGUUCCUCCACCAUUGCCAUCUCCAUCACUACCACCUUCCCCUUCUCCUUCUCCUUCUCCUUCUCCUUCUCCUUCUCUGACUCCUUUUCCAUCUCCAUCUCCAUCUCCAUCUCCAUCUCCAGCUCCAGAUCCAUCUUUUGCACCCAAAACCAAUACAACUCAUACUACGCUCUCUAUUCCCUUGCCUUCACCAGCGAGGAACAGAUCAAAAAGUCAUAUAGCUCUGAUACUGUCAGUAUCAAUUGGAGGCCCUGUGUUGAUUUUAGUUUUUGUGUUUGGCAUACUCUUCUGUCGAGGAAAUAAGAUGGCAGCUGUUAGACCUUGGGGCACAGGAUUAAGUGGACAGCUACGAAAAGCUCUUGUGACUGGUGUGCCAAAACUAAAAAAAUCAGAGCUUGAGGCAGCUUGUGAAGACUUCAGCAAUGUCAUAUGUUCUUUACCGAUUGGAACAGUUUUCAAAGGCAUAUUAUCAAAUGGAGUUGAGAUAGCUGUUAUAUCCGUUGCAGCUUCAUCUGCCAAUGAUUGGUCAGAUAACUUGGAAGCUCAGUUCAGGAACAAGAUUGAUAGGUUGUCAAAAAUCAACCACAAGAACUUUGUCAACCUUAUAGGGUAUUGUCAAGAAGAUGCUCCAUUUACUAGAAUGCUGGUUUUUGAAUAUGCUCCAAAUGGGACACUAUUUGAGCAUUUACACAUAAAAGAGGCAGAGCAUUUGGAUUGGGCUGCACGUAUGAGAAUUACAAUGGGCAUAGCAUAUUGCCUUAACCAUAUGCACAGCCUGACACCUCCAAUACCCCACGAAAAUUUAAACGCAACAUCAAUCAAUCUUAUGGAAGACUAUGCAGCCAAGAUAUCAGAUUUUGGUUUCUGGAACAAAUCCACAGCCAUCAUCAACACAGAAACAAGUACACAGAGCAAUGUAUACAGUUUUGGAGUUAUUAUGUUCGAAAUGGUAACAGGAAGGAUUCCUUUCUCGAUAAGCAACAUAAAUUCAAUAGAAGACUGGGCCUCUGACUACUUGAGGGGCGAUAAUCCACUUUUAGAAACAGUGGAUCCUAUUUUAACAUCGUUCAAGUCCGAUCAAGUUGAACAGAUUGGGGAAUUGAUUAGAAUCUGUAUUAGGCCGGAAUCAGAACUUAGACCGACUAUGGAAGAGAUUGUGUCGAGAUUGAGGGAUAUAACUGGAAUUACACCUGAUGGAGCCGUGCCUAAAUUGUCUCCUCUUUGGUGGGCUGAGCUUGAGAUUCUCUCUUCAGAAGCGAUUUAUUAAUAUUUGGUAAGUACUUACACUCAGUACAUACACUAGUUUGUUUUGUUUACAAAAGGAAGAAGAAUAUAUAUUGCUAUUAUGCACAUAAUAAUUAGUUUGUAUAUGAUGAUGAAACAUGCAUUUUUACAGAACAAAACCUGACAUUUGUCCUAUUUGAAAGCAACACUUUGUUUCUGAUUUA